AUGCGCUCGGCCUGCAUCUACGGCGGCUCCUCGUACGAGGCGCAGGCUCGCCAGAUCCAGAGCGGAGUCGAUAUCCUGGUGGCCACCCCCGGGCGCCUGAUCGAUCUGAUCAACAACCGCCACUGCGACCUCUCCGAGGUGAGUGUCGUGGCCCUGGAUGAGGCCGACGAGAUGAUGUCCCCCUCCUUUUCGGAUGACAUCCAGUUCAUGCUUUCCCAGGCCCAGCGCGAUCGCCAGAUGCUCCUGUUCAGUGCGACCAUGCCGCCGUCGGUGUCCUCCCUGGUCAACCGCUGCAUGUCGCCCAACUACCACACCAUCGACACUGCCUCGACGGCUGUCCCCUCGAAGAUCGCCCACUUCACCUUCCCCAUUCGUGGUCACGCCAGCCGGUCGCUGACCGCUUCGCUGCUGGUUUCCUCCCUGCGCCCCCGCCGUACCAUCGUCUUCAGCAACAAGAAGACCGACUGCACUGAGAUUGCCGAGCGCAUGCAGUCGACCGGCAUCGCCGCGGCGCCGGUCCACUCGGACCUGAGCCAGAGCGUGCGCACCGACCUGAUGAACCGCUUCCGCAAGGGCACCCUCAAGGUCCUGGUUGCCACCGAUGUGGCGGCUCGCGGCAUCGACAUCCCCGAGUGCGACCUGGUCAUCCACACCGAGCCGCCCACCAGCCUGGAGAGCUAUGUCCACCGGUCUGGGCGCACUGGCCGCGCCGGGCGCACCGGUGUCGUGGCCAUGUUCGACGAUGGCCAGUCGAACCAGCUCCUGCGUGACAUUUCCAACCGGGCCGAGCUGUCCUUCGUCGACGCGCCGACCGAGAAUGACUUCGCCCUUUACUCGGUCAGCGAUGCCAUCGACCGCAUUCUGGAGGUGGACGACGCCAUCGCCGCGCACUACCUGCCCUCGGUGGACCUGCUCAUCUCGCGCCAUGGCGAUGCCCGCUCUGUCCUGGCCAAGGCGGUGGCCUGCAAUGCCGAGGGCUCCCGCAAGAUGAUUCAGGACAUGUACCGCGAGCCGGUCCGGCAUCAGUUCAGCCGCGGUGGCGACCGCGACCGCGGCUUUGGCGGCCGUGGCGACCGUGACCGUGGCGGCCGUGGCGACCGCGGCUUCGGUGGUGACCGCGACCGCGGCUUUGGCGGCCGUGGCGACCGUGAUCGCGGCGGCCGUGGCGACCGCGAUCGCGGCGGCCGUGGCUUCGGUGGUCGUGGCAGUGGCUAUGGCAAUGAUUUCGGCUACUAG